AUGUCUUUAUCAAAAUACACAUCAACACCGGAGACCACAAACACUGCUCGGCUGGCGAGACUCAUACUGGGUCCCUGUACUGAUGUGUUACGUGAAAUUCUAAAAAAGGAAAUUCCCCCGUCUGAUUUAUCUAAAGAAGUGAAGCAAUGGAUUGAUGAUCUUAAGAAAAACAAAAAACGCAACCCUCUGAAUCCAUCACAAAAUGACAUUGUUUUCCCCUCACCGACAAACCAGUAUGGGGGAGACUACUCAGAUCUGGACAUAUCUAUCUUGUACACCAUUCUUCGAAAUGUCGGUAAAAUACCUCAACAUUCUAAGGGUUGGGGCGAGAAUCCAGAUCCCGCUGACAGAAGUGUUGCUGCCAACAUCGAAAGGGUUCGAUUUCUUCGGAACAAAUACUACGGCCAUUCUGCCGAUAUAUCUCUUUCCGACUCAGAAUUUAAACAGGAAUGGCGGAACAUCCGGGAUAUCGUUGUAGAAUUGGAGAGAGAUCUUGGGAGUUCUACAUUUUAUCAGGAUUCAGUGACGGAUAUCAAAAUUUGCUCAAUGGACCCUGAAACAGAACAGAAGUACAUUGAGAAACUGGAUAAAGUCGACGAGUUAUAUUCUACAAUCUCGAAUUUUUCAGACAGCAUGAAGAAUAUUAAAGAAAAUCUUACAAAGCUUCGAGAUCCAAAACUUGAAAAAGAAAUUGAUUCCAGCAGAAUUAUGAUUGAAAGACAUGAACAGGACAUGACAAAUACAUUUGUUGAAAUAAGAGCUUUAGAGAGAGCAAAACAACUAUUAGAGGAGAAUAGUUAUGUUAUCAUAAAGGGUAACCCUGGCUCGGGGAAAACAACACUUGCUAAAUGGUUAUUAAAGAUAUUAAUGGAUAAUGGAAAACGCCCACUUCAGCUCUUUAAGGUCUCUAAACUUUAUGGCAGAGUGACAGCAGAUGAUAACAUUGCAGUCUUCAUAGACAAUCUGUUUGGUGAAUUCUCGUUUUCAAGUACUGAGUUCAACGAAUUUAUCAAUAAAAAAGAAUUAAUCGAAUCUGUUUUAAAAUCUUGCGAGAACAGAUCGGGAAAUGUUUUACUUUUGACAAUCAGGAAUGAUAUUUACAUGGAAGUGGUCGAGAAACAAAAGUCCAAUCCCUUCUUCUGUACCUCUGUGACCGAUUUAUCAAGUGGUGAAUAUGCUUUACAAACGAACGAAAUAGAAAUGUUUCUCAAAAAAUAUGGUUUAACUGCAGAAGGCAAGGAUGAAGAUAUGAAAGAAAAACCCUCUGAAUUAUAUCGAACACUGGGAUUUCCUCAGUGUUGUAGCUUAGCACGUGAAAAUCCAGAGUUUGGAAAAAAUAUUUUAACUUUUUUUAAUGAUCCUCAUCUGUAUCUUAAAGACUACAUUGACACCCAGAUAAAAGAAAAACAUGCUAAAACUGCUGUACUUAUAUACAUAUUACUGAAAGGUGGUCAAGUGGAAGCGGCGAUCUUAGAAAAUCCAAAGGAUCGGGAAGCUAAAAUUGUUGCUUUAGGAAUGCUUGAUUUAGGGCGUUCAUCAUUUGGCCAAUUUCAAAAGAGCAUUUAUUCAUAUAAAGGUUUCUUAACAAAACAUGACAAAAUAAAUAAUGCGUUCGUGUUUUCGCACAGUUCUGUUCAGGAGGCACUAUUCAAAGAGAUGUUUGUUGCAUUUCCAGAGGAUAUAACACGCAAUUGUCAUCAUUCCUUGCUUCGGAGUUUAACCACAAAUAUAAAUCCAAAAAGUACACAGAAUGUCGUAGAGAAGGAAAUGUUUGAAAUUGUCGCCAGUCGGAUCGAACAAAUUUUGAAGAAAGGUUCAGACUCAGGAUUCCGUUCGGUAUCUGUUUUGGAGCUUUGGAAUGAUUCAGACUUUUACAAUCAUGUUCUCAAAAAUGAGUUAUGUAUUGAAUAUAUUAUAAAACAGGUCGAUUCCAAAGGAAAUGGAAUGAUAGUACAUUUCGCAAAGGCAGGGAAUAUAGAUUGGGUUCGUAAACUGCUGCAGAUCUCAGAUGAAUCACAAAAGUAUCGCUCGCUAAAUGCUGCAUCUGCAGAAAAUCAACAAAGCGCUGUUAGGAUUAUUUUAUCUAGCAGAGUGAAAUCUGAUCUAACAACUUGCUUUCACGCAAUACAUGGUGGAAAUGUGGACCUAUUCAUGGAAUUAUGCGAAUCAGUAGACGCACUUCAAACUUCUUUCUCUCUUCAUCCAAAUUGUUCCAACACCAACAACAGUUUACUUCACGAGGUUUGUUCAAUGGGGCAAUUACGAUUUGUGGAACCUUUGUUGAGUCGUUAUCCAAAACUUAAGGACAUAAAAAAACAAUUUCGGUGAAACAGCAAUGCAUUCUGCUGCACAAUCUGGAAAUAUCAUUGUCUUCAAUCUUCUAUUAGAAGCCGGUUUAAAUCCUUUAAAUAGAAAUUAUAAAAUGGAAACUGUUCUGACAUGCGCUGUUAAACAUGGAAAACUAUCCAUGGUAAAAUUCUUGGUAAAACAA